GUGUGGUUGGUGAAACACAGAGAACUCGUUGAUGUGAUUGUUUUUUUUCUGGUUUUCUGUUAAGCUUAUUUCAUUUAAUAGCCUAUACACUAACUUGUAUGUGUUACAUUCAUUUAUUUACAGUGAUUGUUAAUGCUGCAGAAGCAUUGUAGGUGGUAUAAUCUGAGGGAUAAAGGUAGAAGAGUCCCUUUAAGAUGACACGGACUUAUCCUCCUGACAUAAUUGUAUCAACCCUUUAUCAAGACAUCACAAUUAGCCCAAACUGUGGGCUCACAAAGUGUUCUCUGUCCACUAAAGAAUGUGAUUCCCAAAUGGUUGGAACACAAAAUCAAAACUUUGAAACCAUCAACAAAAGACAUUGCCGUAGCUUUGACUUCAUUGAGUCACUGGAUGAUCCAAACACCUUUUCUUCGUCCAUGGAGUGUCCUUACACAGCUGAGCAGCAGGCAGUGAAUAAAGAUGUUGCAUGGAAUGACAUUGGGCAGCAGGGCCAUCUUCGUUUUUCCUCUCCUGAUCUAUUUAACACAAAACUGUCUCAACAACAGACCAGCACUGACAAAACCAAUGAGUCAGCAAGGACUAGUCUUAAAGGCAAAAAUCGGUCAAAAAGCGUGCCUAAAGUUCGAGCCACUCUUACCCCUGUACCUAUUAUAGUCUCACAACCUUCAACAAGGUGGGGGCAAUCUCCAGUGUACCACCAAAAAAAGCCUGAAGGGUUUCCCCAAACCCGAGAGCCAUCUCUUAAUAUAAAUCGGGCUUUAGUUAACGAGGUGCACCCUAUUAAGCUGCAGCCUCAAACACCCCUUUGUGUCUCUGAUUGUUUUGAAGAGAACAGACAGGACAAGCUAGCCAACUCUCCUCAUGUUAGAUAUCGAGUAGAUAUCAAACCAGAUGCAGCAGUUCUCCAGCACACCACAAGGAAACUACCUGCUGCCAGAAAUGACAUGCCUUGGCAGCGUUAUUCCACAUCAAGCUUCAGGAGUAUGUCUGUGCCACGCCAAAUGCCCACCUCCAGAACACCCACUCCCAGUGAGUGUUACAGCAUGGACUGCAGGCAUGCUUACCAUUAUCCAAACUGUGUGCCUAGUGGCUACAUUGAACCUGCACAUAUUUCUUUAGGUGGGACUUCACCCAGGGAUCCAAGGGAGUACAGAACUCUAUCUAACCCAAACAUUCCAACCAAAUUCUUCUAUACAGAAGAUCCUACCAGGUAUCCAGUCCAGUCACCAGGUAGAGCCUAUUUUCAAGAUGACCAGUACAGUACUAAAAGUAGCAACAACCAAAACCCCUCAGUCAGUGGCCAGUACAUAAAUGACCCAAGGUCCCGAUGGGUUUUUACAAUGCCAAUGCGUAAAUAUUAUGCUGAUUCUCGCCCACAAUCAUUGGAUGCAUACUACAAUAGACCAUACUCAAUGAGUGAACUCGGAACACACUUUAUGGCUGCACCACAGACAAGAACAUACUGUAGAGAAAGUGAAAGAACGUAUGCCUUCCCCUCUGAUCAUUCUAAGAUUUUCUACUCACAGUCUUGCCAUUCUCCAGCAGAAUACUCUAUUCCAGUGACUGCAUACCAUGCAGAGGGGCGACAGAUUCCACAUAUUUCUUUUCCAGAUGACUGGUACCGAUCAAGCAUAGCCACAUAUUCCAGUCAAUACCCAUCUUCACAGGUGACACCACAGAAAACUCCAGCAAUGAGCCGUUGGGAUGUCAAUCACUUUACUGAGUCUAGUCAAUUAGGAGGAAAUGUCAGGAAUUAUUCAAAGUCUUGGGAGAACAUUCUUAUUCCACAUAUGGAGAAGGAGCAUACUGUUCCACGAGGCAGGAGCUAUGAGAAUCUUUAUCAUCAAGGGAAGGAAAGAGUUUCCCCUGACAACAGACAAAAACCAGUCAUAAUUAACCUCUCAAGUUCACCAAGACGGUACGCUGCUUUGUCCCUCUCUGAAAAUUCUUUGGAGAAGUGUGCUAGUGACAGAAGAACUGGCAUGGGAUGCCAGUGGUUUGUAACACCAGAGAUUACCAUUACAGACAAUGACAUUUGUCCAGGUAACAGCAGAAAAAAAAACGAGGACUCAGUCAGUUGGGAUGUGUCAAAUGGUAGACAGGGUCAAAAUGCAAAUAAUCAUAAUCUUGUGAGACCUUCAGAUCCAUCAAAACCCUCAGAGAGAAAACACAAUAACAGUUCCUUGCAGCAGAGCCUAGAGCAACUGGAUGAGUUGUUAGCUGAUUUGGUCAUUGAUUACAAACCUCAAAAUAUUAGGCAGUCUAGUGAGGACUUCAUAGACCGGCUCAAACACUUGAUUAAUGAUGAUGAGGUGAAGGGAGAGGAGGUAAUAGAUCAAGAAGACUCUGGACUUUUAAACACUCAAACAAAUUCUUCAAAGACCAGCCCAGAUACCGUUAAAGAUCCAGACAGUGGUUGUGAGGGGUUUCAGAGAAGUGCUGAGGACAUAUCCAUCAUCCAAAGUGCAGAUGAAGAUGAUUCUAUGGUGUGCUCCAACAGCAGAUGCCGGCAUAGGGAAACUCUGUUUAAUGCCGGCUUGUAUUUCAAGUCCUGCCAUAGUUGUUACACUUAUUAUUGCUCCAGAAACUGCAGACGGGAGGACUGGGAUACUCACAAAGAGAGCUGCCUGUAUGGGCGCAUCAGUAGUAUUUGUAGGCAUAUCCUAAAACAUUGCAGAGAGAACUCUGAGAUUCAUAAAUCUUUCUCACGAAUUGCUAAAGUAGGCUACCUGUCUCGAGGCAGAGGAGUCCUGUUCAUAGGUUUCCAAAAUCCUGCUUUUGCAAAUAACUUUCUCCAAGUCGGACUUGAGAGCAUUGCUAUGUCUCCAACAUAUCUGUCACUCAGAGAGUUGGAGAGCUUCAAAGACAGCCUUAGGGAGUACUGUAAGGAACUCCAAGAUGCAGGCAAGGAAUAUGAUCCCAGUGAAUGUUUCCUUUUGAAUGUGUCCAUAGCUAUUGGUGACUUAGUGCCUAACAGACCUUCACCUAGAUUACAAGCAGCAACAGUGCGCAAAUAUGCCAAGGUGUCAUUGGCUUCCUCAAGCCCAGAUAAGAAGGUUUUAAAGAAAGAAAAUGACAUGGAGACACUAAUUCUCACCCCUCCACCCGGAACAUCUGAUAUUGACAAAGAGGGACAAGAGGGUAGGAAAGCACGAGAGAUCUGUUUCAUUAAUAUCCAAAAGGAACUUAGAACAAGAGGCGUCUUCCUUCGCCACGAGUUUCCACAAAUAUACAGCAAGCUUUGUGAGUUUGUAGAGAACAACAAAAGGUUCACUCCCACAACCAUCUAUCCCAUAGAUAAGAGAACAGGGAAACAAUUCAUGUGUAUGAUCAUGGCAGCCUCUGAGCCAAGAACACUAGACUGGAUUGGUGCGCCACACCUACUAGAUGACAUUAUAUAAGUCUCUGCACCUCUGUGGUAUCCAGUGGUUGCAAAGGGCUUUAUCUUCAUCUAUGGAGCAUAUUCUGUGUAUAUUAUACAGAUGUAUGUAAAUAUGUAUUUUAUUACUGUAAAAACAGUUAUUAGAAUUUUCUCUCCUGACACAGUAUUAUGCUUAGAAAAUGCUUGUGGGAUGCACUUUGCAGAAAGGUACUCUAUAGUGAAAAGCAGACAUGAGCACGUAUUGUUUCUUAAUGCAUAAAAUAAUUUAUUUGUUGCUUAUUUGUCCAUUUAGUUACA